AGCUGCUGCCUGCUAUAUAAAGGGCUUAUUCCUUUCUCUUCCUUUCAUUCUUCUCUUCUCAAUUGCUGAUCACAGUUUCCUUCUCCAACAAAGCUAUCUAUUCUCUCCUUUUCCGAUUCCCAAAAAACUUUCAAGAUGCAAAUCUUUGUAAAGACGCUCACCGGAAAAACCAUUACUCUCGAGGUUGAGAGUUCCGACACUAUUGAUAAUGUCAAGGCUAAGAUCCAGGACAAGGAAGGAAUCCCUCCCGAUCAGCAGAGGUUGAUCUUUGCUGGAAAGCAGCUAGAGGAUGGCCGCACUCUUGCCGACUACAACAUCCAAAAGGAGUCCACCCUUCACCUUGUCCUCCGUCUGCGCGGUGGCAUGCAGAUCUUUGUGAAAACUUUGACUGGGAAGACCAUCACCCUUGAGGUUGAGAGCUCUGACACCAUUGACAAUGUUAAGGCGAAGAUCCAGGACAAGGAAGGCAUCCCUCCAGACCAGCAGAGGUUGAUUUUUGCUGGUAAGCAGCUUGAGGAUGGACGAACUCUUGCCGACUACAACAUUCAGAAGGAAUCCACCCUUCACCUUGUCCUCCGUCUGCGUGGUGGCAUGCAGAUUUUUGUGAAAACUUUGACUGGGAAGACCAUCACCCUUGAGGUUGAGAGCUCCGACACCAUUGACAAUGUCAAGGCAAAGAUCCAGGACAAGGAAGGCAUCCCUCCAGAUCAGCAGAGGUUGAUUUUUGCUGGUAAGCAGCUCGAGGAUGGACGAACUCUUGCUGACUACAACAUCCAGAAGGAGUCCACCCUCCACCUUGUCCUCCGUCUGCGUGGUGGCAUGCAAAUUUUUGUAAAGACCCUCACUGGCAAGACCAUCACUCUCGAGGUUGAGAGUUCCGACACUAUUGAUAAUGUCAAGGCUAAGAUUCAGGAUAAGGAAGGAAUCCCUCCUGAUCAGCAGAGGCUGAUCUUUGCUGGAAAGCAGCUAGAGGAUGGCCGCACUCUUGCUGACUACAACAUUCAGAAGGAGUCCACUCUUCACCUUGUCCUCCGUUUGCGCGGUGGCAUGCAGAUCUUUGUGAAGACAUUGACAGGGAAGACAAUCACCUUGGAGGUCGAAAGUUCUGAUACAAUUGAUAAUGUGAAGGCGAAGAUCCAAGAUAAAGAAGGGAUUCCACCGGAUCAGCAGCGAUUGAUCUUUGCUGGUAAGCAGCUUGAGGAUGGGAGGACCCUUGCUGAUUAUAAUAUCCAGAAGGAGUCCACACUGCAUUUGGUGCUCCGUCUGAGGGGAGGGAUGCAGAUUUUUGUCAAGACUCUAACUGGGAAGACCAUCACUUUGGAGGUGGAGAGCUCAGAUACUAUUGAUAAUGUGAAAGCAAAGAUUCAGGACAAGGAGGGUAUUCCACCAGAUCAGCAGAGGCUGAUUUUUGCUGGUAAGCAGCUGGAGGAUGGUCGUACCCUUGCAGAUUAUAACAUCCAGAAAGAAUCCACCCUUCACCUCGUGCUUCGUCUCCGUGGUGGCUUUUGAGAAGUUAACUCCUCCGUUUAAGGAUCUUGAAGACUUCUGUGCUUUCCUUUAGUGGCUUUUGUUAUGCUUUGUGUUUGAACUGUUGGUUUUGUUUGAAUCCUAAGACUUGCAUGCUAUGCCUUAUAUGGCAUUGAUUACGUUCUUUCUGUCAAGACAGUUGUUUUUAGCUGUUGGCUUCGUAAAUAAAUUUAGUUUGUGGUA